AUGCAGACCCUCCGGAAACUCGUUCUCGGGCAAACUCGUCGGCCACCAAAUUAUCCAACAGUCCCAACCGACACAGUCAUUCAUUGUUGGACGCUCAGAUUCAAUGAUGUGCUUGACACGGACAUGCUCCAUUCAUCAUUGGCCAAAGUUCUGGCACGACCUGGAUGGAAGAAACUAGGAGGACGCAUUCGGAUGACUGAUAAAGAAAAACUGGAGAUUCAUGUUCCAGAAUCCUUUACUGCAGAACGCCCAGCGCUGAAUUUCCAUCAUGAUUCAUUUGACGUCAGUAUAGAUGAACACCCCUUGGCAUCUACACUUCCCCAAGCUACCCCGGGUCGACCGUCAGUACAAAUUGGGCCUUCAACAUUCAGGGUUUUUGGAGUACCUCCAGGGACUCCAGUCUGCCUCGAGGACUACCUCCAGUCCGAUAGUCCACAGUUGACGCUCCAUAUCGUGUCCUUCACUGAUGCAACUUUGGUCUCACUGUGCUGGCCUCAUAUCGCUGUCGAUGCGAUGAGCCUUCGCGAUAUCAGUGUCGCCUGGAGUCUUGUGCUUGCGGGGCGGGAGUCUGACGUUCCUCCAAUGCUAUCCGCCGACGAAGAUCCCAUGGCUCGAGCUGGUUUCGAUCCUGCCUUCAACGAGCCACACGCACUCCAAAACCGUUGGGUCAUGGGCUUGUGGGCUUUCUUCUGGGCAUUCCGCUUCAUCCUGGAUCUGUUAUUAUGGCGCAGAAUGGAAACAAGAACACUCUUUCUGCCCCGCAAAACUGUUCAAGAACUAAAGACUCGGGCUCUAUCUUGUCUUUCGACAACUUCGUCCCCGGCCCCAUUUAUUAGCGAUGGUGACACCAUUGCAGCUUGGUUGUCAGUGAUGGCGACAGCGGCCAUAUUUCCACCAAGUUCGACCCGAACAAUUAGCAUCGGCAAUGCGUUUGAUCUCCGGACGCGUGCACCAUCACUUUUCCCUGUCAGGCCAAACGAAGGUUCUUAUGUGCAGAACGCCCUGUUUGCCUUUUGGACUUUAUUCCCCGCUGGUUACAUGGCCAGCAACAAGCAAAAUGCUAUUGGGCCUGUCGCACAGGCUAUGCGGAAGGCUAUCGAAGAGCAGACAACGGAAGCUUCCAUCCAUACUCUAGCUCGUCUCUCGCGAGAGUCUCUGGAAUUUUGUGGUGUACCUCCGCUUUUUGGAGACACCAGCUCUUUUGUGAUCAAUUUGACCAACUGGACAAAAUCCCGCCUCUUCGAAGUUCCCGAUUUCGGACCAGCAAUCGUCGCCAGUUCAAAGAAGGGUGGCGGCCAAAGUUCUACUACAAAGGAAGAACAGCCUAGAUCAGUAAACAGAGGUCGUCCUGUCUACUAUCACGUUCAGGGGGUUAGCCCGAACAACAUGCUGGAAAGGAAUGGAGCUUUUAUCGUAGGCACGCCAGAGGGUGAUUACUGGAUCAAUGGCUGCUUCCCGCCCGAGGUUUGGAAGUUGAUUAAGUCCACGUUCUAG